CUGCUGCUUCGGGGCUCUGCAGGAUGAUCGACAGCUGAAGAUCUGAUGCUCAAGCGAGCUGUGCGAAGAGAAAGACUAGGGCGGGGUGGGGGGGGACCGAACAAGGCUACUUUUUUUGCAGGAGGAAGGGGCGCUUUACACGGACCGGAGCACACUUCACCUCCCUCGCUUUUGGAGAGAUUCGCGGCUGGGGGAGGAAUUGCCUUUUGCUCCGGUUCCUCGCUCGGUACUUUUUCACCCCCGGGUCUCUGGGAAAGCGGCUUCUCUGUUGCAGAGAGGGGAAGAGCCAGGGAGCAAUCGGGCUCGGAGUAUCCCUUUCUCCGGCAGGCUGACACGGAGCCCUGGUGGCGGGCUGGAUCCUCGGGUCUGCCCUUCUUCUGCGAACAGAUUUCCCUCUUCUGUGCAAUCCAUUCCCCUCCCUCCCUCCGAUCCUGGGAUACAUAUGAGAGGAUUGGCUUUUCACCACCGGUCAUUGGGUCGGAGGGGAAUCUCUUCCCAGCACGGAGUUCUUCCUCUUCCUCAACGCGUGGGCUCCCCCAGCACCAGGAGGGGGGAACUUUGGCCGGCGCCGUUGGGUUCGGGCCACCGGCUCUGCCACCGAGACUGCUGCAAACUUUUUUUCAAAAAAUUCAGCCCUGCACCCAGAAGCUCUCCAUCCCAGCAUGUUUGAAAAGGAAGCGCCAGCGACUGCCUCUUCCUGCUGAGACGCGGCCCCUGUCUCCCCUCUGGACAGGUUGCGUGGAGAAGGAUCCCCCCCUGCGCUCGGAGGAGUGAUGCUCAUCCGAGAAGUCUUGCUAUUCCUCCACUGCUUCUGGCCUUCUUUGCUGCUGCACUGGACCCUCCAUCCCAUCUGGGGCUUCAUUCAGAUUGCUCAGGGUGAACCUCAAAAGUCAUGUUUCAAGCCUGUAGCAGAAAAAGUUACAGACAGUUGCCAACAGAUCUGCCAAUGUAGACCACCUCCCUUACCACCACCACCACCUCCUCCUCCACCGCCAAGGUUGCUUGGGGUCACACCUGCUCCCACACCUCCCAUUUGUCUUGAAGAGACCUGGUGGCCCAGCCCAGUUCUAAUCAUUGCAGCAUGCUGCACCACACCAGUGUUCCUCUUUCUAGUUUUCAUCAUUUGCUACAAAGCCAUAAAAAGGAAACCACUGAAAAAAGAAGAGAAUGGAACAAGUCGAGCUGAAUAUGCAAUGACCGCCUCUCAAAAUAACAAGACAGUUGAUGUGAACAAUGCGGUGGUAUAAUUUCCGAGACUGUCCCCCCUUGAGUAGCAAAUGUUAAAAGCACACAUGGCAUCAGCAAGGUGGGUGAAAAGCAGCAAGCAGAGAAGGCCUGUGGCCGAGGACUUCAUUUCAGAAACAGGCACGCAUCAGUUAUCCCAAGAAGAAAAGCAGAUGAUCUUUCUGCAGCCUGCUGAUUGUCACAAAGGGGAGGGAUAAACUUGCCGGUUGGGGCUCCUCUGAGAAAAGGCCUCACAAAAGCGUAAUCACUGCAUGCCACAUGUGUUGAAAGCAACAUCAUGAUGCCCCCAGCUUUCUCCCCGCCCCCUUUCUCUUUCUUUCUUUAUUUUUGAUCGACUGCCCAUAAAAGUGUUACUUUAAUUGGAUCCUUUUAUGGUGAUGGUGAUCUGUUGGAGGCAGCAUAAGUGUUCUAGCCAAAUCUGAAAAUGCUGAGCUUUACCUGCAUGGUUCUGCAUUCUUCAUUUGCCUUUCAAAACCACUGGCCUUCCCAUUCUUAAUUACGAUUGCAUUGUUAAAGUGGAAAGUUUCUCUUAUUCCACAAAGCAAUUCCCUCUCCCCCUCCUCCCAAAUACUGCAUGAUCUCAUGAAGUACACAUCUACACACGCAGCCUGGUCGCUAUGCAAUUCCCAUGGCUGAAGACUUUUCAGGCAGAAAGAAGUCGCUCUCUGAUCCUCAGCAAUUAGCUUUGCUAAUAAAGGAGAAAAAAUAUUAUAGGUAAUAAUGUUUAAAGGUGCUUUGAUUACUGUUAAUCCAUAAUCGGUCUUAUUUAUCUUUUGGUUACCACAUAGUGUUUUUGUGUGUGUGUGUAUGUACUCUUAAGUUUUAAAAGUCCUAGUUUUCUGUUCCUUGAUUGCAGUUCUACACAAGUUAACAUAAGUAUUUUCAUCACACAGAUCUGUAAGCAGGAUCUCUCUAGAGUGGCUUUAAAUUUUGUGGGUUGAACAUGGAGGAAGACUGGCCACAAUGGAAAUUGAAGGUCUGCUUAUUCUGCUUGUCAGCUCAGAUUUCCUGAUGGUCCCCCCAUUUUCUGAGUAGCUCCUCGAAGGGACUUCUUCCGAAGAAAGGACUCUCUGCUUUAGGGAGAAAGCUGUGUUAGCGCAGUUCUUUCUCUUGCCAAGGGACUGCCAACUGUGCCAAAUUCUAUGUGGCAGCUCUACGUUGUUCCGCUUUGUGAUAAGGACCGCAAAUGAUGGGAAGCUGAAUCCGCCAAAUUCACUUUUGUGUGGCGUCUUACUCGGUUCGGUCACCUUAAUUUCUUAAAACAAGCGCCACUGUUUAGUUGCUAGCAUUUGCCCAUACAUGGAUAAGCUGUUUGGAUAAAUAUUUUGUCAUCACUCCUGUAUGUCUUUGUUUCUAGCGAAAACACCUCUGGCUUCCUGUCAAGCUUCAGUGAUCCUCUAUCUUUGUAUAUUCAAGCAGUCAAAACAAGCGGUUGUGGUGUCAUUGCAAAGAAUCACUUCAUCUCGGCAAUACAGCCUGUUAGUGCUGAGAAGCUGCUGUUCUAGUUCAUUUUAUGCAAGGCUAGUACCAAGAUCAAGACUCCAAGGACCCCAGUCCAAAGCCCCACAUCUGCAUAUAAAUUAAACAUGACAUUUGGAGUCUUCAGAGAGCCUGUUUACCCUUAUUUUCAGUGGGGAAAGUCAACAAGGUAGGAGCAUAUAUUGAACUCAGACAUGCCCACCUUCUGCUCAUAUCUAUGUGUGGAUAGUAAUGUGCCACAUUGACCUGUCUGUAUAUAGGGAUCCCCUCAUCUGUGGGUUUGAUCCAGACUGUUUGUUUUUCAAUGCCCUACCUGGAUUGCCCAGGUUUCAGAAGCUAUACAGCAUAGGUGUCAAACUCGCGGCCCUC